AGUCUGUGACAUUGAUGUGCGAAGCGCGCGCGCGUCAUGUGGUCGUUAUUAUGUAACAUUUUUUGUUAAACCCGAUAUGUAUGACGUGUGAAGAUCAAGGUCCCAAAAAUUAAUACUCCCACAACUUAUCAAAAAUGAAUCUGUACUUACUUUAAACAGAGUGCAGUAAAAUAAAAUUAGCGUCUAAACGUACAUUGAUAUUGGUACAGUUUUCGAUCUGCUCGAUUUGUGUUAAUACUAUCUCUAAAACUGAUAAGAUCCCUUCCGGAUAGACGUACGGAAAAUGGAUGUGCGCGACUGCGUAAAAUUACGAGAUAUCUACCUACAAUCAGCGUGCGUGAGUGUCCACUCGUGUUUAGUACAUACAUGUAAAGGUUUGAAGUAUUUAAGUGUACACAUGUAGUGACAAGUAAUAAUAUAUGUGUCGUGUAAAGUGCCAAAAUUUCUCAGUCACAUCUGUGUGUAUUGCACCCAAUUUCAGAACUGUAAUAUUGUUGGUUAAUACUCAGAAAGAUGGAAGACGGUAAUAGAAAAGUGCAGUAUUUAGUGACUCUAGCAGUUUCUUUGGCGGCAGUAACUACCGGUGCAUUGUAUCUUAGUUGGACGACUGCAGUUAUACCAAAGUUUUACAAUAAUGAAACUGAUAUCCACCUCACAGACACAGGGAUAUCAUGGAUGGCUGCUAUAUCCUCGCCAGGUUUCGUAGCUGGUAGCCUGGCGUCUCGGUUUAUCUCCGACAAGGUUGGAAGGCGUGCUACCUUGUUAAGUAGUGCACUACCUGUCACCAUUGGCUCAAUAGCCACAAUAUCAGGUUCAAACGUUUGGAUUAUUUGUGUGGCAAGAUUUUUGUGGGGCAUUGGAACUGGCAUGGUUAGCACUGUAUCAUCUAUAUAUUUAGCGGAGAUAGCCGAUAAGGAAAUCCGUGGUUCGUUAAUCGUAGCAAACAGGUUCUUCGUCAAUUUUGGAGUAUUUCUAAUGCUGGCCAUUGGUUCAUUCGUCUCCUACAGAACAAUAAAUUAUGUGACAUUAGUAUUACCUAUAUGCUAUUUCGUGAGUUGCUGGCUGGUCCCAGAAACACCGUAUUAUUAUUUAAAGGAGGGAAAAGUAGAUGAGGCUAGAAAAGUAUUGAAGAAACUCAGAGGAUUUAAGACUGAGAAGCCUUUGGAGGAUGAAUUAUCGGCAAUGCGUACAGAUGUGGGUAAGGAAAUGCGCAGGUCGGGAACAGUUAAGGAAUUGUUCACCGGUAAACAAUAUCGUAAGGCUAUCAUCAUUAUUGCAGGGUUAAAAAUUGGACAAAUGAUGACCGGUGUUGUAGUGAUUCAACACUAUUUGGGCAGAAUAAUGCAAGACAGUCGUUCAGAUAUGAAUUUGGCCACAGUAUUCGUUGUGUUUGGCGCCUUGAGAUUUGGUGUUGGUAUAAUGUCAUCAAUGAUAGCUGAUAAAGUGGGUCGACGUACUCUGCUCGUAUACUCCUUCUUUGGAACGGGAUUGUCAUUAUCAUUAGUAACUGCAUAUUUUUGCGGCCAGGAAGUCAUUAAAAUAGAACAAAGUAAACUCACUUCUUACGCAGUCAUCGUUUUCAUUGGAAUUAUUCUUUACAGUAUAAUUUCAACUUUAGGAUACAACUCAAUUAUUUACGCCGUUCAAGGAGAAAUAUUCCCAUUAAACGUUAAAUCCCUUGCUAUGACGUGCUUGAAUAUAUUUGGAGGGGCGCUUAAUUUUUUAGUUACAAAAACAUAUCAACCGCUCAAAAAUGUUUCGGGAACAUUUGGUGUAUUUUUAUUAUUUACAGUUAUGUCCUUUGCUACUUCUGUAUUUGUAUAUUUCUAUAUCCCUGAGACUAAGGGCAAGAGUUUGAGUGAAAUACAAGAGUUAUUACAAGGAAAGUACUAUGAUGAUGCUAAUGUACAAGUGACUAAUGUUGUAAAUGAUGACAAAGAUGGCACUGAAUUAAAGUUAUUGGAAAAUAAAGAUACGUAGGCUAUUGUAAUAUCAUCUAGUUAGUGUUGGGUCCAGUCUAGCUAUGGAUGUAUACAAUAUAUACAAGACAUUCGAGUUAGAUUGCUUGCUUUUAGUACUUAUGUAAUAAAACAGUUUCUCUUUGACAUGACUACAUUUACGCAAAAUAUUGUAUUGUAUAUGUACUGGAAAAAUAAACAGAUAAAAAUAAAAGAAAAACACAGAUCAAACACAGGUGUUAUUAACUUAUACAUAGUUAUUUAUCAGUGGUUAUAUUAAUAUCAGAUUGUUGUCUCCCAGACAACCUUGUAUCGUAUUUGAAAGGAGUUUUUUUAUCUGGGGGGUACUGCGUAAUGUAAUUAUGUUUCAAAUGAUUAAAUGAAGAUAUGAUACGAAUAAACUGUGUAUACCCUAUCAAUAUCAUACCAAACUAAUUUAUUAUUAUAAUACAUAAA